UCCCCUGGAGUCGCCCCUUCUCCUGCCCCAUCUCCUGCAGCACCCAUGGGUGCUCCCCCAGCCUCCUCCCACGAGCCCCUCACCUCAGAUCCUCACCGGCGGCUCCCUGUUGCUCCCCAAAAGUUGCCUUUGAGCAUGCUCCAGGGCAGGCGAAGGCAGCUGGGGUGGGUGACGGUGGUGAAGGGGCAAGUAGCGAGGGACGGGCGGCCACCAGGAUGGAGCUCCAAGAAGUCAAGGAGCCACGUGGGGACAAGAGACAGGGGUUGGGUGCUCACCACCCCUCUGAAGACAUGGGGAGGCAAAGCAGGAGCUGCUUGGUCGCACAGCCGGAGGGGAAGAGUUUCUCCCCGUGGGUUCCUCUCCAGCCCUGGGGUUAAGCCGGACUUCCCCGUGGUGGUGUCUGGAGGCUCAGCUCAGCUCCUCCACCUCCCUCGUGGCACAGAGGUCAUCUCCAUCCUGGAGGUGUGGGUGGAAAUGUUGGGGGGGACUCGCAAUGAAAUCCCGUCAUUUCUACCAGAGCUGCUGCUGCGGUGAUGAAGGCGCCUUCCAAUGACCGCAGGCUGAGAUGGAGCUGGUCGUGGGGGUCCAAAGGUGAUGGACCUUGCUAAGACAACCUCUGAGAAGUUCUCGGGAUGUCCUACAGCCUGGCAGAGCUGUAGGCAACUAAAUCCCAGCCCAGAGAGCUUGACCAGAAGCUCUGGCUGACACUGGAGCUGUCUGUGAUGAGGCCAUUGGUCUGGAGCCUGGUUCCAUGUGCCAGGUCUGCUUUCGAGCUGCUUGCCCGAGGUCUCUGGGUGGUCCCCGAGGGGAAGGUUGGAGCAUGAGACCCUACAAAUGGUCACCUUUAUGUUGGAGAAGAUUUGUGCCCCAGACUCCUUAGCACAGAUCUUCUCCAGCUCUCUGAGUAUCUGGGGAACCAACUCUGGUGGAGAUACCUCCACAGAGGACUUCUGGACUUAGGGAUGAGUCCUCGCCUCGCACCCUGAGAAGGAAACAAGAGGCCGUGGGUUUCCACCGGAGACCUGGGUAGCCCAGCCAACCCCCUCAUGGUUUCGGGCGCAUCAUUGUGUUUUUCAGAAUUAGUCUUAAAACGCAACGUUUAACUAUCUCAGGCCCGUGGAGAGGUCCUGUGCCACCGCAGGAGACCCUAAAAGCCGGGUGCUCUGUGUGAUCAGGCCUUGGGCUGGUGGCCAAGGGUGGGAGGUGGCACCUCCUGGCCGGGCUUUUCGAGUGCAGUCCUGGAGGAGAGCUGCUCGUCCCGUGGCGUGUGGGGAAGGCGACCUCGUGCCAGGAGCUGCGCGCACACAACCCCUCCCUUCCACUCUUUGCGCAAAACCGUGGAGUUUUCAAGCUAAAAGGGCUCAGCCCUUGAGAUCUUCAAGAAAACCAAGGCAGUCCUGUCUGCUGGAGCUGCAGCCUGGGGUGACAGUGUCACCUCCAGACCCCGUGCAGAUGUUUAAUCCUCUUUAUGGCUAGCAGACGGUGCUGCACAUCACCAACCUCUGGAGAAGCGCCAGGAUUCCCUGUUGGCGUGGCCCCACGUGGGAUGCUUCACCUCCGGAGACGUGACGGAGGGAGCCACGUCUCCACCUCCCCACAGGCUGGUUCUUCCAGCUCCGGUGCCAGGCUGAGCUCCUACGCGUCCCUAAGCUUCUGCACCAAGGGAACAUGAAAUCUUCAGCCCCUGCUGCCACCUGGGACCUCUGUAAGAGCCAGGCACUGUCUGACCUUGGAUGAUGACGCUCCAUCCAGUACCUCCACCCACCCCCGUGCCUACAAGCUAUUUAAGUCCCUCUGUACAAGCCAUGUUGGUGGCCGGCCACCGAGGGAAAAAGCAGAUGGGAUCAUCACGGGGCUGAUCAGGCUGUUGCCCCGUGCGUCUGUCCUUCCUGGAAGAGCGAAUGCUCAUCGCUUCAUCGUUUCCAUCAGGUGGGUGCCCUCUUGCUGAAGGUGGAGAAACAGCUUCUCCUCCCGAAGCCUGGGGAUUGAAAGCAGCAGCAGGAAAAACCAGUUUUAAAGGUAUUAAGGAAUUCCUACAGUUCCAAGACCAUGACAUCAAACUGUAUCUCCUCUAAUUUCCAACAUCCCUGAUGCCUAGAGACAGCCCUCAAGCUGGAUCAUGAUCCCGGAGCAUGAAGACCCCUGGAGCAGCGUGAGCCAGCCCCUCUGAAGUUGCAAUCGGUGCCUCUGCGCGCGGGGGAAUCCAGCACACUCCCCCCCAGCUAAGGCAGCACAACCCUUCAAGCGGUGGAGAGGUGGAGAACGAGAAGAUGCUUUGUGCUUGACACAGGAUCAAGCGUCCGCAGGGAAAUUCAGCCCGAAGAGGGGAAGAUCCCCAAAUCAGUCCUUGUGCCAGGCUACACCUCGCCAUGCUCGUCUUUUGCUCACGUAAAGCAGCCCCUCUUGCUCUUACGGUUGGUCCUCAUGGAUGUAUCGGAGUAACUCUGUUACCUACAAAGUCCUGGCACCAACCGUCACAGAGAUACCAACAGUUUGGCUAAAGAUGACCAUGGCGAGAUUUAAAAGAUGUGUAGACAUGGCGCUUAGGGACCUGGUUUAGUGGUGGGCUUGGCACUGGUAGGUUAACGGUUGGCCUCGAUGAUCUUAAGGGUCUUUUCCAACCUCUUGUGUGAUUCUCUGCCAUUCUUGGCUUGGCCAUCAUGCAUCAGCAUGGGCCAGGACUGAGUUUAAUAUAAACCGACACGUUAGUGACAUUACUAACAACUUCUCAGCUGUGCCAGGACAGAAACUCUGAAGGUACAUGAGGUAUUGCUGGGCAAAGAAACGGUUUGGUAGAUCUCAGACAUGCACAUCGAUUUCCACGUUGUUUCCUGUGGGAGACGGAUAGAAAGCAAAAAUUUAAGUCUGAUGUAAGUGCUGUUUUCUCCACAGGAGGCUGAGCUGCUGGUUAAAAUGUUGUGCUCUUCUCUGACAAAUCACAAAUGCAAAGGGACAACCAAAGCACCCCGAGAGGGUUCAUUCUGACCGGGUUUUCCCACUUUCCCGAGCUCCAGGGUGCGUUGUUUGUGCUAUUUCUCCUCAUGCACGUGGUAACCCUGGCUGGAAAUAUGGUGAUAAUGGUUGUUAUCGGGGCGGAUCGGGGUCUGCACGUGCCCAUGUAUCUCUUCCUAGGUGCCCUGUCCUUCUCAGAGCUCUGUUACACCUUCUCCAUCACCCCAAAGAUGCUGUCUGGGUUAGUGCCGGGAACUCGAGCCAUUUCUUUCCUGGGCUGUGCCGCACAAAUGCAUUUCUCCUUCACCUUUGGCUUCAUGCACUCUUUCCUCCUGACGGUGAUGGGCUACGACCGGUAUGUGGCCAUCUGCCACCCCUUGCGUUACAACAGCCUCAUGACCUCCCAUGUCUGUGUCCGGUUGGUGGUUGCCUCAUGGCUGGGUGGGGGUCUCCUGGGGCUGCUGGUGACUUGCGCUGUCUUCCAGUUACCCUUCUGCCAGUCCCACCGGAUCGACCAUUUCUUCUGCCACGUGCCCCCCCUGCUCCAGCUGGCUUGUGCUGGUGGUGAGGUGGUUGCCACCAUAGUCAACGUCCUUUGCAUGACUACCUUGUUGGGUUGCUGUCUGUUCAUCCUUCUCUCCUACGCCUUCAUCCUUGGCCGCAUCCUGCAGAUGCCCUCAGCGGAGGGGAGGCACAAAACCUUCUCCACCUGUGCCUCCCAUGUCACUGUAGUGGUGGUGCAUUAUGGCUGCGCCUCCGUUAUCUACCUGCAAUGCAAAUUGCCCCACGCUGCGGGAAUGAAUGCUCUCAUUGAUGUGUCCUACACGGUCUUCACCCCCUUCCUCAGCCCCAUCAUCUUCAGUCUUAGAAGCAAAGAGUUAAAGAAUGCCCUUUGGAAAUCCCUGAGAAAAAGCUUUGUUAUCACGAAUGCGAAUUUUUGGCCAGGGUCUAGUCUGAGCUGCAGGAGCGCUUGUUGCUAAUUUUUCCUGUUUUCCUUUGCUGGUUCCUUGCUGCUUUCCAAACAAUAGCCGUUCUUUUUCCAGGGAAAUGAGUCAUUUCCGUGGCUCUGACAUCUUUUACGCUCCCUGGGGAUGGCAGGCCUUGCUUGGCUGGAGUGUUUUGGUUUAACUUUUAGUGCCGCACGCUCAGCACCAUGCAGAAGCAAGAGUGAUGGCAGCUCCAGUGCCCUCGAACUGGAGACACGGGCAACUCCUCGAGGAGCAGCAGGUGAAUCGGUCUGAGACCUGGUGCAGAAGACUUUUCCCCGCUGUAGGGACAUGGACUGGUCUUCUAAGCAUGACUUUGCCUCUUCCAUUGAUGAAUUUGGGGCUGGUCUGAGAAGGUCUCGGAUCGAUUCCCUUUUGGUUUGUUCCUCAUUUGACAAAUUGCAAACUCAAACCCACUUGGGGACAAACACAACACUGCUCUGCUGUUUGAAAGUCCCACUUGUCUAAGGCAAUUAAAUCUGGCUUUAAAAAGGUUGUUUACAAUGAAAGUAUUUUGUUUGAUUUAACACUUCACAUACUUGCAGUCCUGUUUAGACAAAAUAUAUGUGCGGGCGGUGAGCCAGCUGGAGAAGCCCUUGAGAAACAGAGACUUGGAGGCCUCUUGUGGGGCAGCCAUGGGUGUCCCGGUGCUGUUCUGGGCUUCCCAGCAGAUGAAAGGUGACUCAGACAGAAAUAUUUAUCCCUUACCUCCAUACAACUAACUGUGGUGUAAGCACAUGUGUGGUGGGUUGACCCUGGCU